AUGACUGCUUCAUUAAUUAGUCAAUUCACAUUUCGAGCGUACUCUCCAUUCUUUCGACUUGCCCAUAUUGCGCGCCUUGAAGCUGAGGCCAAUACGAACCCACAGGAUUUAAGCAAACAAGUGGCCCUGUGGAAUGAGUUUAUCAGAUAUCCCGCCGGCCAGAAGCGCAUUAUUAGCCGAUACGAGCGUCUCGUAGAGUUUGACAAGCACUCUCCACUAAUUCGCUCCCCUCAAAUUUUCCAAAUUUACCUUCGCGCUCUGCUUGCAACUGACCAAACCAGUUCAAUUGACCCCGCAGUCCGACAUCGGGAUGUGAUCCUAGCCCUCCCACAGCCAGAGCGGCAGUCCGAACCAGAGCCACUUACGGAAUCCCAAACAAUAGCAAAAGAACUGCUUGCUACCGCCACUAGUAAGCCCAAGGAGAACUGGCUGACCCAAGCCAAAACUCGUCUUUCCCCCGCUCCUGCACCAGCCCCAACUGGUGCUUGGGAUGAUCCAGCGUCCAUAUCUGCAGGUGACAAAGGUAAUCCGGUGCAUGUCAUUGUCGAGGAAUCGAGGGGUAGCGGCCUUGCAAAAGGUCUCAAAUUUGUAUUCCUAACGUUUUUAUACGCGUUCAUCGCUUUGACCAUCCUUUCGUUGGUGUUGGAGAACACCGGGAUUGCUCGCACGAACAACCCCUCACCCAAGAGUAUGGAGUUCGAGGCACCCGAACUGAUGGAAAUCGUGCAAUUUCUGAAGGAUCCCAGCGCUUUCAGCACCCUUGGCGGCCGUCUCCCGAAAGGAGUGCUCCUAACAGGGCCUCCCGGCACGGGAAAGACACUCCUGGCCAGGGCUGUUGCUGGGGAGGCAGGUGUUCCGUUUCUGUUCGCUUCCGGAUCGGAGUUUGAUGAGAUGUACGUCGGAGUUGGCGCACGCAGAAUACGAGAGUUGUUCGCAGCGGCCAGAAAGAAGCAACCGGCCAUUAUCUUCAUUGACGAGUUAGAUGCUAUCGGAGGCAGAAGAAGUUCCCGCGAUAAUCUAUACAUUAAACAAACAUUGAAUCAGCUUCUCGUUGAAUUGGAUGGAUUUAGCACAACAGACGGAGUUAUUAUUCUUGCAGCAACUAAUUUCCCCGAAGCCCUUGAUAAGGCCCUCGUUCGACCUGGGCGAUUUGACAAGACUGUUUCCGUGCCUCUUCCUGAUAUUCGAGGCAGGAUAGAGAUUCUCAGACAUCACAUGCGCUCCGUGCUUUCGUCCCCAGAGGUGGACGUGAAUGUCCUAGCCCGCGGUACCCCAGGCUUCUCUGGCGCAGAGCUAGAAAACAUGAUCAACCAGGCAGCGAUCAGAGCUGCAAGGAACAAGUCCCCAGCGAUUACACUCAAUGAUUUUGAGUGGGCCAAAGACAAGAUUCUCAUGGGUGCUGAACGCGUCAGUGCGUACAUUCCUGAGGAUGUCAAGCGCUCGACCGCAGUGCACGAAGGGGGCCAUGCCCUAGUAGCGCUCUAUACCCCCGGAUCAAUGCCUUUGCAUAAGGUGACCUGUAUGCCACGAGGUCACGCCUUAGGAAUAACCCAACGACUCCCUCUGAACGAUCGACAUUCAGUAACAUGGUUGGAAUACAUGGCAGAUAUCGAUGUUUCCAUGGGCGGCCGAAUGGCUGAAGAGCUUGUGUACGGGAAGGAGAAUGUUUCAAGUGGGGCCUCGUCUGAUUUACGGCAGGCCACUAGCAUUGCCAAUUCCAUGAUACAGAAUUGGGGUUACUCGAAUAAGGUUGGUUUGGCAUAUUAUGAUGUGAAGGACAACAGUAUCAGCACUCAGAAGAGGCAUGAAAUUGAAUCCGAGGUUGACCACAUGUUGAGUGAGUCAGCGGCUCGACUCACUGAUGCACUUGUGGAGUAUGAGACGCUAGACGCGAACGAGGUCCGACGCGUGAUCGGAGGAUCGAAGAUACGGGACGGUAUUCUAGACUUUGGUCGAGCAUUUGUAAGACGACAUUGCACGGAUGGAAUCAUACAUGAUCAACAAAGACUACAGGCGAGUCCAGGACGACUUGGAAAUCGGAUGCGCUGGGGCUCCAACACCGAUUUGCCCAUGUUAACAUCCCGAAGUGCCCUUGACUGUGGCAUCUAG